ACUCCGCCCGUGCUCCGUCCUUCGCUCCUGUUCCGUCAGGCACUGUGAGGGGUCAACGUGAGGUCGGUGGGGUUAGUAACGCGGCGGCGGCGGCGGCGGCUCCUCCUCCAAGAUCUGAGCAGGGUGCCAGAACAGGAUGUACACGCUGCUCUCGGGGUUGUACAAGUACAUGUUCCAGAAGGAUGAAUACUGCAUCCUGAUCCUGGGCCUGGACAAUGCUGGGAAGACGACCUUCCUGGAACAGUCAAAAACACGCUUUAACAAGAACUACAAGGGGAUGAGUCUCUCCAAAAUCACCACCACCGUGGGUCUAAACAUUGGCACUGUGGACGUGGGAAAGGCUCGUCUCAUGUUUUGGGACUUAGGUGGGCAGGAAGAGCUACAGUCUUUGUGGGACAAGUACUAUGCAGAGUGCCAUGGUGUCAUCUAUGUCAUUGAUUCCACUGAUGAAGAGAGGCUGUCAGAAUCAAAAGAGGCAUUUGAGAAGGUGGUUUCGAGUGAAGCACUGGACGGUGUUCCCAUCCUGGUGUUGGCCAACAAGCAGGAUGUGGAGACUUGCCUCUCCAUUCCUGACAUCAAGACUGCAUUCAGUGACUGUACCUGUAAGAUUGGCCGGCGAGAUUGUCUGACCCAGGCCUGCUCUGCCCUCACAGGCAAAGGAGUCCGAGAGGGCAUCGAAUGGAUGGUGAAGUGUGUCGUGCGGAAUGUUCACCGGCCACCACGGCAGAGGGACAUCACAUAAGCACCUCCAACCUCAGUCUUGGACUGUUCGUCUCCUAGUGUUGGAAGAGUAUUCUCUGCUGGCUUCUAUCCUACUGACGCUGGGGGUUGAGCUGACUUUGUCUGUUCAUUCAUUUAUUUGCUUUAUGUUUUCUCUAAGACAAACUUUUCUCUGUGUCUGGAAAAGUGUAGGUAUUCAGAGACAAACAUGGGGCACGCCGACAAUCCAGAUCUACAUGCCCUACACCUCCAUCCCCUGACAGAGAUUUAGAGCCCUGCCUGACAGACAUGUCAGGGUGUGGAACCCUCCCAACCUUGUGAGAAGGGGAAGGCAUGAGGCCAAAGUAGAAUUUAAGGUCAUCCUACUUGAAAUGGGGGGUGGGGAGAGUUGUUCCUGUGACAGCUAACUGCUUUGUCCAGCUUGUCCAUGGAGAAGGUGGGCUUAUCUCACUUGGAGAAAGAACCCACAUCUGAGAGACCAGCAUGGCCCCUAGUUGUUUUGUGUGGAGUUGGAUAUAUGUGUGGGAGAGACAAGAUUUCUCUGUAGCCCCAGUUAAUCUGUAACUCUCCGCCUCCUUCCCUCCUAUAUCUGUGGUAAUUACACCAAGUUUUCUACUAGGUUCUGAUACACUCUCAGAACAGGGUUCAAUAGACCUGCCUGGGAAGCCUAAGUUCCCUUAUUAACUCAUUCUCAGUCUGCUUUUAUCUCCUAAGGAGAGAGCUGAUCUUACUGGUGUGUGUUUCAGUACACCCAUACACAGGUUGUGUCGUAUCCUGAGGGCACAGAUUUCACUAUGUCAAGUGUUGGUCUAGCUAUUGCAGGUGGGUAUCACAUGUUUUGAGUAAGGUGGGCUGUGUCCCAACAGGGUCCAGGUCAGUGAAGUACUGGGUUUGCAUCUCCAGAUGUGUGUGAGAUAUAUGUUCAUGUAAGGUGCAGGUUCCUGGGGAGGCAGCAGCUAUGCUGGGACUGGCCAUGCCCACUAGACCUACUGGGUUAAAUUUUUCAUCAUGUGGUCAGGACAAUGUUUAAAAUAAAAGCUGCCUGUCUAACCAU